AUGGACUUAAAAUUCAAUAAUAGACACCAAUCGGACAUCCGAUACACUACUAGUUUUCGUGUAAAAAAGUGGGCACUGUUUACGUUUUGUGUCAUCAAUAUCAUUGUAACGGUCAUUAUAGUCAACUUUAUAGCGCAUCUGGUCAACGAUUAUUACGAAAACAACGAAACCUUUAAUAGACUAUCGCAGGAGGACAGGGCUAAAGCUAAGACAUUUACGAUUUCAAUCAUUUAUGUGGCACUGGGAUUGGGCAUACUGUUCCAUCUGUUAGGACUGAUGGGCGCCUAUAAGGAGCACUUUUGUAUGACAACCACAUACGCUGUACUGAUGACACUGGGCGCUAUCGGCUCGAUUAACCGAGGCGUCCAAAGUCCAUACUAUACGUUCAACACUGUCAUCAACUUUGUAGUGGCCGUACUGGCCAUUGCUUUUGCCUACGAUCUCUAUAAGCGCCGACAACUAAUGUUUUCAGGACCAGUGGUAAUCCAGAUGAGUGAUGGCGCACCCGUCAGCUAUGUAUUGCCGUCGCCAACCGGCGCCAACGUUACUGUAGUCACCGCUACCACUACCGCCGAACAGCCGGUGCAGACUGGUGGAAAACAUGGCAAACAAUAUGAUGCCGUACCGCAAAAUGAUAUGGUGUAG